UACGCAACAAACAAUUAAAACGCGCGGGAGAGAAAGCACCACUGGCCGCUACAAGACAGGAAAUAACAUUUUCUGAUUCUGAGAGGAUUAUUGUCCCUGGAGAGGACAGUGGACGUGUGGCACCAACAUGUUCCCGCGGUUCACCUGGCAGCGCGCCCGCGGCUCGGUUCCAUCGUCCGGACACUGGACCUUCUGCGCGCUGCUGGACUGACAGGACGCAGUUUUCUGGAUUAUAACGCGACGCUGAAGCGUCCAGAUUAUUAAGGAGACGUGCUUUAUUCUCUGCAGCGACUUUUGAGAGGAGAACAGACCGAACGCUGUGCGCUACAUUGCGCAGUUUGGCACAGCGGCGCAGCGAUGCCACAUCAGAUCACCCUCCUCCUCCUGCUGCUGCUGCACGUGGCUCUGAUGCUGCACAGCCUGCCGGCAGAAGCGGUGCGCGUCCGCAAGAAGGUCCCCAGGACCCGGUCCUGCCUGGACCUGCCGGAGGAGAUCCUGGAGCAGAUGUUCGGGCGCCUCUCGGUGGGCGUGAUGAGCGCCUUUCACCACGCGCUGCAGCUGGAGCCGCGGGACAAACUCAACCUGACCUGCCCGACGGCGGCACGAGACGCGGCCGACGGCAAGGCCCGCCUGCCCGUCAACCUGCUCAGCAUCUCCCCUUGGGCCUACAGGAUCUCCUACGACCCGGCCCGGUACCCCCGCUACAUCCCGGAGGCCUACUGCCUGUGCCAGGGCUGCCUGGCCGGGCCGCACGGCGAGGACCGCCGGCGGCUCCGCAGCACGCCGGUCUUCGCUCCCUCCGUCGUCCUGAGGAGGACCGGCUCCUGCGCCGGGGGCCGACACUCCUACGCCGAGGUCUACGUCUCCAUCCCGGUGGGGUGCACCUGCGUGCCGCGGCUGGAGAAGGACCCGGACGGCCGGGCCGCCAACCAGAGCCUGGACCGGGCGCCGCCCAAGGCCGGGAGGCUUCUGUCCGGGGGGAAGAAAGUAUGAAGCCCUGCUCCAGCGCCGCUCCGCCCGCCUUCUCCGGACGUGAAGGACUGGAAUACAACAUGCUGCUUGGAGGAUCUGCAUGUUCUUCCUGUUUGUUUCCUUCCACAGCCCAAAAACAGGCUUGAGGUUAAACUGCUGAGCUCCGGAUCCAAGUUCCACAAAUCAGUACAGGGUUGGUUUCAUGGGUUGUGAGAGGAUGAAAGUCAUUUUUCCUUUAUU